AUGGGUUUCCACUGUGCCGAGUUUCUCCGAGUUUCUCGUCCUUGGGGACGGUGCAUGGGAGACGACUGUGGACCAGGCGGCAUCCAGACCCGGGCUGUAUGGUGUGCUCAUGUGGAAGGCUGGACAACAUUACAUACGAACUGCAAGCAGGCUGCGAGACCCAGUAACCAACAGAACUGCUUCAAAGUUUGUGACUGGCACAAAGAGCUGUACGACUGGAGGCUGGGACCCUGGAAUCAGUGCCAGCCUGUGAUUUCCAAAAGCCUGGAGAAAGCUCGAGAAUGCGUGAAGGGGGAUGAAGGCAUCCAAGUGAGGGAGAUAACGUGCAUCCAGAAGGACAAGGACGUUCCCGCCGAGGACAUCAUCUGUGAGUACUUUGAGCCCAAGCCCCUGCUGGAACAGGCCUGCCUCAUCCCUUGCCAGCAAGACUGCAUCGUGUCUGAGUUCUCCCCCUGGUCCGAGUGCUCCAGGACCUGUGGCAGCGGCCUGCAGCACCGCACGAGGCACGUGGUAGCACCGCCACAGUUUGGCGGCUCUGGCUGUCCCAACCUCACCGAGUUCCAGGUGUGCCAGUCCAGCCCCUGCGAGGCAGAGGAGAGCUUGUACAGCUUGCAGGUAGGGCCCUGGAGCGCAUGCUCUGUGCCUCACUCACGACAAGCCAGGCAAGCCAGGCGUCGAGGCAAGAACAAGGAGAGGGUGAAAGACAGAGGCAAAGCCAUGAAGGACCCAGAAGCCCGCGAGCUCAUCAAGAAGAAGAGAAACCGAAACAGACAAAACAGACAGGAGAACAGAUACUGGGACAUCCAGAUUGGAUACCAGACGAGGGACGUGCUGUGCGCGAACAAAACUGGGAAAGCUGCCGACCUCAGCUUCUGCCAACAAGAGAAACUGCCCUUGACCUUCCAGUCCUGUGUGAUCACCAAAGAGUGCCAGGUGUCAGAGUGGCUGGAAUGGAGUUCCUGUUCAAAAACAUGCCACGAUGUCACGUCUCCUACGGGCACUCGAGUAAGGACAAGGACCAUCAGGCAAUUUCCGAUUGGAAGUGAAGAAGAAUGUCCAGAACUUGAGGAGAAAGAAGCCUGUUUGUCUCAGGAAGAUGGAGCUGUCCUCUGUGCCACGUAUGGCUGGAGAAUGACGGAGUGGACUGAGUGCCAUGUGGACCCUUUGCUCAGUCAGCAGGACAAGAGGCGCGCCAACCAGACAGCCCUCUGUGGAGGGGGUGUCCAGACCCGGGAAGUAUACUGCAUACAAACUAACGACAACCUGCUCUCCCAUUUAAAUGCACAGAAGGACAGAGAAGCUUCAAAACCAGUGGAUUCAAAAUUAUGCACUGGCCCUGUUCCUAACACCACACAGCUCUGCCACAUUCCUUGUCCAGUUGAAUGUGAGGUUUCACCUUGGUCUGCCUGGGGACCUUGUACUUUUGAAAACUGUAAUGAUCAGCAAGGCAAAAAAGGAUUCAAACUAAGGAAGCGGCGCAUUACCAACGAGCCUACUGGAGGCUCUGGGGUAACUGGAAGCUGCCCUCACUUACUGGAAGCCAUUCCCUGUGAGGAGCCGUCCUGCUAUGACUGGAAAGCAGUGAGACUUGGAGACUGUGAACCAGAUAAUGGAAAAGCCUGCGGGCCAGGCACGCAAGUUCAAGAGGUUGUAUGCAUCAACAGUGAUGGAGAAGAAGUGGACAGACAGCUAUGCAGAGAUGCAAUCUUUCCCAUUCCUGUGGCCUGUGAUGCACCAUGCCCAAAGGACUGUGUGCUCAGCCCAUGGUCCACAUGGUCCUCCUGUUCACAUACCUGCUCUGGGAAAACCACAGAAGGGAAACAGAUCCGAGCUCGGUCCAUUCUGGCCUACGCAGGCGAAGAAGGUGGAAUCCGCUGCCCUAACAGCAGUGCUUUGCAAGAGGCGCGCAGCUGCAAUGAACAUCCCUGCACUGUGUACCACUGGCAAACUGGUCCCUGGGGUCAGUGUAUAGAGGACACAUCAGUGUCAUCUUUCAAUACGACCACAACAUGGAACGGGGAAGCCUCGUGUUCUGUGGGCAUGCAGACACGAAAAGUCAUCUGUGUGCGAGUCAACGUGGGCCAAGUGGGACCCAAGAAGUGCCCUGAAAAUCUUCGGCCUGAAACAGUGAGGCCUUGCUUGCUUCCUUGUAGGAAAGAUUGCAUUGUGACCCCAUACAGUGACUGGACACCAUGUCCCUCUUCAUGCAGAGAAGGGGUUUCGGGAGCCAGGAAGCAGUCGCGACAACGGUUCAUCAUUCAGCUGCCAGCCAAUGGAGGCCGGGAAUGCUCAGAGCCUCUGUACGAAGAGAAAGCCUGCGAGGCCCCUCCCCCGUGUCACAGCUACAGGUGGAAGACACACAAAUGGCGCAGGUGCCUGUUAGUUCCUUGGAGCAUUCAACAGGAUGUCCCUGGAGCACAGGAAGGCUGCGGGCCUGGACGGCAGGCAAGAGCCAUUACUUGUCGAAAGCAAGAUGGAGGGCAGGCUAGCGUCCAGGAGUGCCUCCAGUAUGCAGGCCCUGUGCCAGCCCUGACCCAGGCUUGCCAGAUUCCCUGCCAAGAUGACUGUCAAUUUACCAGCUGGUCCAAGUUUUCUUCAUGCAAUGGAGACUGCGGCGCAGUUAGGACCAGGAAGCGUGCUAUUGUUGGAAAAAGUAAAAAGAAGGAAAAAUGUAAAAACUCCCAUUUAUACCCUCUUAUUGAGACGCAGUAUUGUCCUUGUGACAAAUACAAUGCACAGCCUGUGGGGAACUGGUCAGACUGUAUCUUACCAGAAGGGAAGGCUGACGUGCUGUUGGGAAUGAAGGUACAAGGAGACAGCAAGGAAUGUGGACAAGGAUACCGUUACCAAGCGAUGGCGUGCUAUGACCAAAAUGGCAGACUUGUGGAAACAUCACGAUGCAACAGCCAUGGUUACAUAGAAGAAGCUUGUAUCAUCCCCUGCCCCUCCGACUGCAAGCUCAGUGAGUGGUCCAACUGGUCCCGCUGCAGCAAGUCCUGCGGCAGCGGCGUAAAAGUCCGAUCCAAGUGGUUGCGCGAAAAGCCUUAUAAUGGAGGAAGACCUUGCCCCAAACUGGACCACGUCAACCAGGCACAGGUGUACGAGGUCGUCCCUUGCCACAGUGACUGUAACCAGUACGUAUGGGUCACAGAGCCAUGGAGUGUCUGCAAGGUGACCUUUGUGGACAUGAGAGAUAACUGUGGAGAGGGGGUGCAGACCCGAAAAGUGAGAUGCAUGCAGAAUACAGCAGAUGGCCCUUUGGAACAUGUGGAAGAUUACCUGUGUGACCCAGAAGACAUGCCCCUGGGCUCCAGAGAGUGUAAACUGCCAUGCCCUGAGGACUGUGUGAUAUCUGAGUGGGGGCCGUGGACCCAGUGUGCUUUGCCUUGCAAUCCAAGUGGUUCCCGGCAAAGGUCAGCUGAUCCCAUCAGACAGCCUGCUGACGAAGGGAGAGCCUGCCCCAACGCUGUAGAGAAAGAGCCCUGUAACCUGAAUAGAAAUUGCUACCACUAUGAUUACAAUGUCACAGACUGGAGUACAUGUCAACUGAGUGAGAAGGCAGUUUGUGGGAACGGCAUCAAAACAAGGAUGUUAGACUGUGUUCGAAGUGAUGGCAAGUCGGUGGACCUGAAAUAUUGUGAAGAGCUUGGCCUGGAGAAGAACUGGCAGAUGAACACAUCCUGCACGGUGGAAUGCCCUUUGAACUGUCAGCUUUCUGACUGGUCUCCUUGGUCAGAAUGUUCUCAAACAUGUGGACUCACAGGAAAAAUGAUUAGAAGGCGAAGAGUGACCCAGCCCUUUCAAGGUGAUGGGAGGCCCUGCCCCUCCCUGAUGGAACAGUCCAAGCCGUGCCCAGUGAAGCCAUGCUAUCAUUGGCAGUAUGGCCAGUGGUCUCCAUGCCAAGUCCAGGAGGCCCAGUGCGGAGAAGGAACCAGGACAAGGAACAUUUCUUGUGUAGUGAGUGAUGGCUCAGCUGAUGAUUUCAGCAAAGUGGUGGAUGAAGAGUUCUGUGCUGAUGUUGAGCUCAUCAUAGAUGGUAAUAAACACAUAAUUCUGGAGGAAGCUUGCACCCAGCCCUGCCCAGGUGACUGUUAUUUGAAUGACUGGACUUCAUGGAGUCUGUGUCAGUUGACCUGUGUGAACGGUGAGGACCUUGGUUUUGGUGGAAUACAGGUCCGAUCCAGAGCAGUGAUUAUACAAGAACUGGAGAAUCAACAUCUGUGCCCAGAGCAGAUGUUAGAAACAAAAUCAUGUGAUGAUGGACAGUGCUAUGAGUAUAAAUGGAUGGCCAGUGCUUGGAAGGGGUCCUCUCGAACCGUCUGGUGCCAAAGGUCAGAUGGCGUAAAUGUAACAGGGGGCUGCUUGGUGGCUAGCCAGCCUGAUGCCGACAGAUCUUGUAACCCACCCUGUAGUCAACCCCACUCAUACUGCAGUGAGAUGAAGGCGUGCCGCUGCGAAGAAGGGUACACGGAAGUCAUGUCCUCCAACAGCACCCUUGAGCAAUGCACACUUAUCCCUGUGGUGGUGGUUCCCACUGUGGAGGACAAAAGAGGAGAUGUGAAAACCAGUCGGGCAGUUCACCCAACCCAGCCCUCCAGUAACCCAGCCGGCCGGGGCAGAACAUGGUUUCUACAGCCAUUUGGGCCAGAUGGAAGACUGAAGACCUGGGUUUAUGGCGUCGCAGCUGGGGCAUUUGUGUUGUUAGUCUUCAUUUUCUCCAUGAUUUAUCUAGCUUGCAAAAAGCCAAAGAAACCCCAAAGACGGCAAAACAACCGCCUCAAACCUUUGACAUUAGCGUAUGACGGAGAUGCUGAUAUGUAACACUAAAUCCUGCUAGACACAGCCAGACUUGACCUCUUGCCUUUGUAGUAGACACCCAGAGGCCACAGUCCCAGUAUUCAAAUGUGUGAUUUCUAAGUAACUAUAACUGUGACAAACACCAUCAUUAAGAAAAAAAGAACAUCCCGCUCCCACUGGGAAUAUUCAAGGCAGUACCACUGACACACAGAGUCAGCACUGAGAAUUCUAGGAGAUACAGUGGAAUGCAUGCUGUGUCUUGAGAGUUUCUGUGUCAUCUUUUCUGAAAUCUACCAACUGGGGGGGAAAAAACUACUUUGAUCUCUAAAAAGUAGUGCGGAAAUUGGCCACUGGGAAGCCAGAUGCAAGACUGCUUGCAGCACAAACCCACACAACUCUGGCAUGAAGAGUUCAUACUGAAGGCUCUACAGUUCUAUACUUAACCAUAACAACAUGCAUACUCGAUCGAAUGACCUACAUUAUAAUGUCAUCAUAUAUAACUCUUAAUAAGCAACUUUUAACACUGAAGAAAACAUAAGCCCAAUGAGAGGUGGAGAAUCCAUCAAACAAUUGAACAUCUUCAUGGUUGAUGGUAGCUUCAUGGUUGAUUGGCCUGCAUUUCAGAGACAAACUAUUUUAUAAGACUGUAUUCUUGUCUCUCUCCAAUGUGUGAAUGCUGGACAUGUAUUAGCCUUAGAAGACAGAGUCCUCAAGUUCUGUAUUUUUUAGUGGUUAUCGUCUGGAAAACAAAUAAGCUUGUGUUAAUACAUUUCUACUUUCCCUAAUUUCACACUGGUUGCCUACAUCUUUUUUUGCUAUAUGGAAGGUACAUUUGCACUAUAUUAGUGCAGCAUGAUAGGCAUUUAACCAGUAUUGCCAUAGAAACUGCCUCUUUUCAUAUGGGAUGAAGACAUCUGUGCCAAGAGUGCCGUGGAGACAUUUGCAAGCUUUUGUACUCUGAAGAGCGUUAGUUCAGUCUUGAUGGUAACGGGAUAGAGUCUGCUAUUACACCUGCUGUCUACACUCUUUCUUUUCACCACAGCUAUUAUGAAGUUGACAACAUGGCAAGAAUUGAAGCGUUGGUGUCCCCAACCCAUCAACCUCCAAAAGGUGGAACCCCUUGAUCGGGUUGUAGUUGCUCUUGGAAGGCUGUUUAUGAUGAGAUUUAUAUAUUUGUUAUCUUUGUUUAAAAAAAAGAAGAAGAAAAGAAAAGAAAAAAAAAGAACUGGCUGUCUUCGUAAUUUUGAGCAGAUGGAAAAAUAGUGUAUCAAUGAUUUUUUUUCUAACGGAAAAAAAUCAGAAUUAUUUGUUAGCUUUUCUGUCUUCCUAACUUGCUUUUUUCAUUGUGAGGUAGACGUUCUGUCUUGCAGGCUGUAGUUCACAGUCACGGUCUUUGCCCUUUUCGUGGCUGAAAUCUGAAGUAGUAUGAUUUCUUAAAAUCUAAAAUUUGAAAACAGAAGAGUGAAUAAUCUUGUCCAGGGUUUGCUUAUAUCUAGAGCAAGGGUCACAAGCCCUUUAAGGAAAAAAAAAAAAAAGAAUCAAACAGAAAAUUUUUCAGUCAGGUCUGUAGUUCAGCUCACAACACUGCCACUGUGCAAUGGUGCCAGAGAUGAUGGUCAGCAGGAAAACGCUGUUUUCCAGUAGAACAUUCUUUCCAACCAAAGCCAGCAGGCUCAAUUACAUGUUUAGUUUGCUGACAUGCCUUACAUUCUAGAAGUGUUUCAGAGCGAGCUCUACAUCGCUGUUAGCUUUCAGUCGUCUGCUUUCUGUCUACCACGUGGGUUUAAUUUCACAAGUGACAAUUCAUAGUCAUUACCCUAGGAUUGUAGGGGAAGUAUUUCCAUGUUCACUGUGGAAUAUAUCUCACUUCUUCUGAAAAGGAAAGUUAAAUUGUGUAGUGAAAAAGCAGUAACAUAUUUCUGGCAAUAACUACCACAAUUAGCCUCUGGUAGAGUGAGGACCAAUAGGUUUUUCAGUAUUUCAAACAUGUGAUUUGAUUUAUCUUAAACAUGUCUGUAUUGUGGUUUGGGUAAUGAGGGACUUGCCUUCAUAGACUGGGUGUGAGCUCCCUCUGCUGUCCAUUAGAACAACUUUUUCUGCAAAUGAAUUCUGAGUAAGAGGAUGUUGUAAUUCACCCAAAUGAAAAUCUUUAUGUAUAAUUCGAUAUGAGCAAACUGUGAUAAGCAUUUUUUAUUUAUGCCAGAUAUAAUACACUAAGUGAUAUAUGUCAUUUCAAAGAGAGCAAAUAGAAAGGGAAAUUUCACUUUAAGCCAAGGAUUUAAUUGAGGUAAAGCACUAAAGAAGAAGGAAAGAUAAUAUCGUUAUUCUCAAACUGUAAUAGUUUACACACAAUAUCAGAGACUUCCAAAUAAUCUUCAGGAUGAUCUGUUUUGAUGAAAUAAGCUCUGUCCAGUCAAAAUAGUUGAAACAUAAUCUAUGUGGUUAGCUGAAAAACUGUAACAAUCUAAUGAAGUGUGUAUAACACCUAGCAGACUUGAGACAGGGAAUAAAGUAAGAUUUCUUUUCUUUUCUUUUCUUUUCUUUUCUUUUCUUUUCUUUUCUUUUCUAUUCUUUCUUUUUUUUGAGAUGGGAUUUCUCUGUGCAAUUCUGACUGUCCUAGAUUCACUUUGUAGACCAAUCUGGCCCUGAACUCUCAGAGAUCUGCCGGCCUCUGCCUCCCGACUACUGGGAUUAAAGGCAUGGGCCACCACACCGGCAGUUUGUUUUUUUUUUUUUUUCCUUACUCAAGCUACACUUAAGGUAUUUUAUAAAAUGCAAUUGAUUACAAGAUAAGUCAGUAUUCUCUUACCUAGGAUAUAAUGAUCAAAUAAGUUGAGAAAUCAAAAAUUAAAAAGUAUUGUAAAGAUGGAAGAUGUUUCUGAAUAAUUUAUUUAAAACACUAUAUUCAUGCUAGAGAAACAUAUUUGAUAGUCAUCAUUAGGAUAAAUUAAUACCAUGUGUCCUAUGGUCAGAAAGGUGGAAAGGAGAAUGUACUGAUUUGUAUAAUGUGGGCAAAUAGGAGAUUAUCAUAUUCAUGUAUAGAUGGCUUUUUUGAGUUUAUAGGGAAAUAAAUCUUGAAAUUUCACCAGAACUUUACUCUCUUGUUAAAUCUAAUAAUCCAGGAGGGAAACAGUGAAAACUUCUUUGGUGACCCCUUUGCCUUCCCAAGACAGUCUAUGGACAGGAAGAAAAAAAGAGGGAGGUAGAGAAGAAGGGAGGGAAAAGAGGAGGGAGAAAAGAAACAAACAAAUGGAUGAAGGAAGAAAGAAAUGAAGGAACAAAGGGAGAUUUUUCUACUUGAUUUUUAAAAGAAUGAACAAAUGCAGACAUUUAUGGAGUUUUGUUGGCUUGUUCUAGGAAGAAUGGCAUGGCUGAUGCCCCUUAAAAGGGAAUGAUUUGCCUAUUCAUCUAUGCCCAUCCAGCAUACUGACUAUAAGCUCUAUUUCAAAGCCCUUUUGAGUGCAGCUUAAGCUAAUUGAAAAGAAGCAUCUUAAAGCAUGCCUUUAAUUACAUAGAUAAUAAGGCACAAAUUACUUAUAAAGAGACAUAUUUAUUGAGUUAAAUACAUGUAAGACACUUUGGAGGACACUUAAAAUUAGUAAUGGCUUUUGUAUACAUAGGUAACUAAGACAUCGAAAAGAAGAAACGCAUGCUUCAUGAGAGGCAUUCGCAUUGGAACACAUCACUGUAGAUUCUUUAUACGCCUGCUUAGUACUUUUCCUUGGGGGCUCUGGGUGGCAGGAUAUGCUGUGAAGGGUGGCAAUGGUCACAGUGGCUUGGUCAGAACUGUCCAGUUCCUGGGUAUUUCAGAAUAAAGCCAUUGCUUCUGAAGGAAGAGAGUAGCACUUUCCAAUCAGUUUUUUUUUUUUUUUUUUUUUUUCCUCCUCUAGCUCACUGUAUCCUUGGUUCGAUGUGAUGCUUUUCUCUGCCUACUCUCUCUAACUCCGUCAUACUGCCUUGUCUACCUCCCUCCAAACCACCUUCCACAAAAUGUGUGCAAACAUUUAUCAGGAAAACUGCGACAUAUUUACUAACUCUUCCUAUGGAAACGUAACAUCAGUUAGAGUAUAAAUAUCUCUAUUUAAGUGUACUGCACUUGUCCAAAGCAAUGAAUACAGAGUAAAGAAGAGUCAUGCAGAAGGCAUAUCGAAAGAAGAAUAAAAAUAAAAUCCUCGGUAGGAAAAUGACAAUUUUUACACUAACAUUAUUAGCCAGUGUUCUCUCAUUCCCCCUAUUUUCAUCUAAAAUCUUUGUUCACUUCCCACCGUAAGUAACAGUGAAAAAGCCCAUACCUAAGUAGUGAACAAAACACAGCCUAUUUCUGGGGAGAUUUAGAGUUUGAAUAGAUUUGCAGAAAUCAUGCUUGCAGAAUGUCCUGGGAUCUCAUUUUUUGUAAGUGUUUCCUAGUUUGAAUGUGUUUGUCCAGUUUCCCAUGAAGGAGGAGGCAGGCCAGCAUUCCCUGAACAAGGACCCUGGAGGAUCGAGUUUGGGCUUAGAGCAGAAUCUCCCUGUCCUUACAUGAUCCCCUGGACCUACCCUCAGAUGUGCUGCUGACGUCCACACUGAGGUGUAGACCAAGCAAGUGGCUUCCUCUUUGUUUUGUAUUUCCUUUUGUUUUUCUUUUCUUUUUAAUUGAUAAGAUCAUUUGCCAUGUGGCAAGAAUCAUUCUUGCAAAGACAGUGGAAAGCGGUUAUGUCUGCAAUAUAAAAUAAAUAAAACAAAUGUUAAACAAAUAGUGUUAAAUGUGCACUUCUUUUUUCUGCUCUGUCAAGCCACACCAUAAAUCUGAACAUGUUUGAAGCAAGCCACCUUGACAGUAUGCAAAUACCUACUUUACUUAGACUAGAACUGGCUAUAGGUUUUGCUGUUCUGUUUCAUAGUUGUUUCAGUUCCUUUUCUUUCUAUAGGUAAUAAUUUAUGUAUUACCUAGUUCCUGAGCCUCAAUAAGCUCCCUGGCUAUUUUUCUAUAAUCUGUUUGUGUCUAUUUUUAAAAGUAAACAUUCAGAUUUCCUUUCUGGUACUUUUUGAUGUCCAUUUUUAUCAAAAAUUUUGAGAAAAUCAUUAUGCAUCACAGUAAAAUAUUAUUUUAUCAAAUUCGUAUUCUAUUUUUCGUUAAAUUAUAUGGCUCUAAGCGGGCACUCCUUUGUUAAUUUAACUACCUGAAUAUUUAUUUUGUUGGAGUAAGGAGGCAACUGUCUGUGAACCCUUUGUUAAUAUUACUUUGUAAAUUAUGUAAUGUAAUUUAUUUUAAAUUAUGUAUACUUCUGUUUUAAUGCACAAAAUAUCUAUGUACAAGUAACUGCAGAUUGUCAAAUACUGUCACCAAGCUUUAUGCACUAAUGUGGACGGCGUGUGCAGAUGUAAUGUGCUUUUCUACAUUUUCAUAUGGGUUAUUUGUAAAUAUCUAUAUUCCUGACAAACAUAAAUCCGGAAGUCAU